AUGUCUAGGUCAAAAGGAGGCGUUACUACUUUAGCGCCCGACUCGAACUCUGAUAUCAUACCAGCAGCAGUAAUAGAACUGCUCUACACUGUCAUAGCCAUAGCAGCCCACGGUAUGGCCUCAUUUCUGGGUCUUGGCGCUAACUGCAUCAACCUCAUUGUGCUGUCAAAGCUCGGCUUGCAGAACGGAAACAGCGUUGGGGUCUUCGCCCUGUCCGUCACUGAUUUCAUCGUGACACUGACCCAGUUAGCCACAAGUCUUUGCUAUCUACUGGAUAAAAUGUAUCCAGACCAUCCAUCGAAUUUGCGAGUGUUGGGAAAUUUCGAGCUCGGCUGGAUUCGCUACACUUGUUUUUUUAUAUCCGGCUGGAUAACGGCUCUUCUCUCCGUGGAAAGAUGCUGUUGCGUUUUACUCCCUUUCAAAGUCAAGCAACUGUUCAGUAGGUCUCGAGUUGUGACGGCUGUCCUCGUGGUGUAUACAGUGUAUAUAGGGUUUACUCUGCCUCUUUACGCUUCUCAGAACUUGAGUUGGUCGCCCAUCAAUUUUACAGACAAUAAGAACGUGACAAAGGAACGUCUCUUUCUAGUUUUCAAAUACACCGAAGAGUUUUUGGUGCUACAGAAGUAUCUGAUGAGCGUAUUUGUCGUGGCGCUGUUCUUUAUGUGCCAGGUUCUUCUCUUGUCCUGCACGGCUGUCAUGAUUCACGUCUUACAUGCCUCCUCAAAAUUCCGACAUGCCAUCAAGAAGGAAAGCCAUCCUUCGGUUCCACAGUACUCACUCAGCACCCGAGAGCGGAGGCUGGUGCGGGUGAUUCUCUGCCUGGCUCUGAUCUUCACGAUCUGCAACCUGCCCAGGUUCGCCGACCACGCUCUGAGGUACGCCAUCACCGGUAUGGAAUUCGGAAUGUUCGUGAAUUUGUCAAGCCUGUUAUGGUCCGUUUCUGACUUCUGCGGUACCAUUAAUUGCUCCACAAGUUUUCUUGUUUACUGGACUCUGAAUACGAACUUUAGAAAGAGUUGUCUAGAAAUGUUUACACUGAUAGAGAUUUAUAAGCAUUAA